AUGACCAAAACAAAGCCUUAUAACAUCGAGACCGAGUUGGUCAUAAACAAGUCUUCGGACCAAUACAACGCCAGUGUUCCCCCACUAUACCAGUCGGCCACGUUCAAGCAAGAAUCCCUCUCUAAUAUGGGUGAAUAUGACUACACCAGAUCAGGAAAUCCAACGAGAACACAUCUACAGAACCACAUGGCCAAGAUCAUGAAAGCCAAUCAAACCUUUGCUGUCACUUCGGGUAUGGGUUGUCUUGAUGUGAUCUUGCGUUUGCUUCAGCCGGGUGACGAGGUGAUCGCUGGAGACGACUUGUACGGUGGUACUCAUAGAUUGUUGACGUACAUGAACAACAAGGGUGACCUUAAAGUUCACCAUCACGACACGACAAAUACCGAGUUGAUCAAAUCGAAGAUCACGCCAAAGAUAAAGAUGAUCUUCUUGGAGUCUCCGACCAACCCGUUGAUUAAGGUUUGUGACGUGAAGGCCAUCACAGACCAUGCACAUGCUGUCAACCCUGACUGUAUUGUUGUUUUUGACAACACCAUGAUGACCCCUAUUUUGAUGACACCCUUGGAUUUGGGUGUCGAUAUCCAGUACGAAUCGGCCACGAAGUACUUAAACGGUCAUCACGAUAUCAUGGCCGGUAUCAUUGGCACCAGAGACCCUAAGUUGGCUGAACGUGUAUAUUUCGUGAUCAACUCCACCGGGUGUGGAUUGAGUCCCUUUGACUCAUGGUUAUUGAGCAGAGGUUUGCGUACGUUGGCCGUUAGAGUCGAGAGACAACAAAAGAACUGUGUGAAAAUUGCUGAGUUUUUGCAAAACGCUGGAUUUAAGGUUAGGUACGCAGGCUUACCUACCCAUCCUCAGCGCUGGGCUGUGUUGAGUUUCGAAACCGGUUCCAUUAAGAUGUCCGAGAAGAUUGUCGAAUCCACUGAUAUUUUCGGUAUUGCCGUCUCUUUUGGCUGUGUCAACUCGUUGAUUUCCAUGCCAUGUAAGAUGUCUCAUGCUUCUAUCGACUCAAAGACCAGAGAAGAAAGAGAAUUCCCUGAAGAUUUGAUCAGACUAUGCAUUGGUAUUGAGAACGUUGAUGAUUUGAUUUACGACUUGACAAGAGCACUUUUAAAGAGCGGGGCUGUGAAGGUGAACGACAAGGACGAACUAUACAAUGCCGUUGCCGUGCAGCCUAAAUUAUAA